CUCCCGCACUCUAGGUGGCGGCAUGCACAAACAAAUGUGCGAACGCCAUGAUACCAAAGAAGAAGAAGAGGACCUUAUUCAGGAUUUCAUAUCUGAUAAUCAUACUUGUGAUGUUCAGUUAAACGUGUCGUCAGACAGACACAUCGGUAGGUGAUCACGUUAAGUACCCAAGCAUUCGUCUAACAACGGAUCACAACAAUCAAGUUAACCAUGGCUAACGAGCCAGUGAGUGUGAUGUUCAAGGUCUACUGUCUGUCAGUGAUGACACUGGUGGCAGCAACUUACACCGUGGUAUUACGAUACACAAGGACAGUAUCAUCAACAGCUAUGUACUUCUCUACAACAGCAGUAUGCAUCACGGAAGUUAUUAAAUUGUUCUUGAGCCUUGGGAUGUUGACCAAAGAAACUGGCAGCUUUGGCAGGUUAAAAGCGUCCAUAGUUGAACAUGUAUUUUGGAGUCCAAAAGAGUUGCUGAAACUGAGUGUUCCCUCUGUGGUCUAUGCAGUUCAGAAUAACAUGGCCUUUAUUGCCUUGAGCAAUCUUGAUGCAGCUGUGUAUCAGGUGACCUAUCAAUUGAAGAUCCCGUGCACAGCCUUGUGCAUGGUCCUCAUGCUGAACCGCUCUCUCAGCAGGCUGCAGUGGUUCUCAGUCUUUAUGCUGUGUUUAGGCGUCACACUGGUCCAGUGGAAACCGGCAGAGGCCACUAAAGUCCAGGUGGAGCAGAACCCAUUUUUGGGGUUUAUGGCCAUUGCUGUGGCUGUGUUGUGCUCCGGGUUUGCAGGUGUGUACUUUGAGAAGGUCCUAAAGAGCUCAGACACAUCCCUAUGGGUGAGGAACAUCCAGAUGUACCUGUCUGGCAUUGUGGUCACCCUCGCUGGAGUUUACAUGACUGAGGGCGCUCAGGUCAUAGAGAAAGGCUUCUUCUACAGUUACACGCCUUGGGUGUGCUUUGUAGUCUUUUUGGCCAGUGUGGGUGGUUUGUACACAUCAGUGGUGGUGAAGUACACAGACAAUAUCAUGAAAGGCUUCUCUGCUGCAGCCGCCAUCGUUCUCUCUACUGUGGCAUCCGUCACUCUGUUUGGGCUACAGAUAACUGCUACCUUUGCUUGUGGGGCAAUGCUGGUGUGUGUCUCCAUAUACCUUUAUGGACUUCCGAAACAAGACACCACCAAGCUUCCAAGAGCAGACACAGACAAGGAGGCCAGGCAGAAACUGAUCACUGUUUGAAGCCUGGGUCUGGAAUAGCAAAGGUUUAUGGUCUUUCCUGACCUCUGUGUUGGAGCUGCCCGUGAGGCCCUCUUUCACACUGCGGUCUACUGUCGUCCCAUAAGAGCGUCGGCAAGGAACUUCAAUAAUCUAGAUGAAUCAUUAUAUCAGUAAUGAUGGAGCAUAAAGUAAGGGAAGUGUGGCGCUGAGGCAGAAUGUAUACAUAGAAAAUAAAUACCAUUUGGGUUUUUAUUCCUU